AUGGCUGAGGUUCCGAAUCGUGGUCCACAGCUCAUCGCUGUGAUAGCGGUGCUGCUGGUCUUUUCAUUGACGGCCAUCGUUUUGAGAUGCUAUGUUCGGAUAAGCCUCGUAAAGGCAUUUGGUGUGGAUGAUUAUCUCAUGAUCUUUGCCAUGGUAUGUAGCAAACCAACUUCCCGCAUCCGCAACUACGAGUUACUCACUCUUCCCCAACCGCAGAUAUCAUUUGUGCUGUUUUGUGCUGUUGCUGCCACCGGUGUACAUUAUGGUACCGGUCGUCAUUACUGGGACCUCGAACCAGAGGAUAUAUCAGAAGCGUUGAAGAUCUCUAUCGGAUACUUUCUUCUGAGAAUCACCGUCGAGCGCAUACACACCUGGAUCAUUGGCACCGUCAUGCUGGUUACCGUCGUCACGGGUAUCGUCUUCUUCUUUGUUACAAUGCUGCAGUGUGCUCCGGUGUCCUACUUCUGGGACAAGACUCAACCUGGAUCCUGCAUCAAUAUCGACGUCAUCAUCACUCUCACCUACAUAUACAGUGCUUUCAGCGUCAUCUGCGACUUUACUUUUGCACUGCUUCCGAUUGUGCUCAUCAUGCAACUUCAGAUGAACAGCAGGACCAAGAUUGCGUUGGUCCCUAUUAUGCUCAUGGCAUGCGUCGCGAGUGCCGCCGUUGUUGUUCGAUUUCCCUAUGUAAAGGACUUUAAGAAUAUCGACUUCUUGUGGGCAACCAUCGACAUCGCAAUCUGGUCUACUACUGAGCAAGGCCUGGCCAUCACGGCCGGCAGCCUUGCUACCCUUCGACCGCUCUUUAGGAAGAUUGCGUCCAAGCUGGGAUGGUCGACAAUGCGAUCCACCGGAGAUGCCCCCAACGGUUCCAUGAGUAACCGUAACACAACCGGCCGUUCGAAGAAGAAGCAAUCACGAGACCCAUUCAGCCUCGCGACUUUUAACCGCCACGAAGACGAAGAUGAAGAAGAAAGGCCUCUGGAAGAUGGACAGUUGAAGUUGGUCAACGGAUAUACAGGAGGUUUCCAAACAACAAUCACCGCUGCCCCAAAGUCCGUGUGGAAACCAAAAGGACACAGAGGAGAUAACGAGAGUGAGGAGGAGCUUCGAAUGGAGGGAUCGAAAGUCAAAAGCUUUCUCAUCACCGAAGAGAACAUAUAA